ACCAACGUUCACGAUCUCCACUCGAUCUCUUCUCUCUUCGCUUUUCACUCGAUGCGCAUUCCCGUCUCGCACGGUCUAACGCAGAAUCAACGUCCCACGUGCAGUGCUUUCAGCAAACUGUAGCCCAUUCGUAGGGCAGUUUGUUGUUGAAGUGUAGUGUUUGUGUGAUUGGUUUUCUAGUUCUCCCGAGGCAAUAUCCUUGUAGUGUGCAUUGUGUGAAAGUGUUUUUCCCGCGCUAAGGCCAUGUCCCGAUCACCGGCCUCCACCGUACAGGCGCAUGACCACGUGCGCAUGAAACCGGAACCGAUCCCAUUCAGCAAGUUCCUGUUCAAUUCGCAAAAUGGUACCGUACUCGGACGAGGUGCUGGGUCUUGGGCGAAAAUUGGCAUCUUCUACAUCAUCUUCUACAGUGUUCUUGCCGCUCUCGUAGCCAUGUGCAUGUGGGUGUUCUUCAAAACGCUGGACCCUCGCAUUCCCAAAUGGCAGGUUGAUCAAUCGCUGAUUGGUGCCAGCCCCGGAUUGAGUAUGCGUCCUCUACCGUUUGAAGAUAAGAUUGAGAAGACCCAAAUCGUGUACCAGGGUACGGACGAGAAGAGCUACAAGCUGUACACGGACACUUUGGAUGACUUUCUGACUAACUACCGAUCGGACCAUGUCCAGUUCCAAAACUGUUCCUACAAUGACCCACCAUCGAAGGGUAAGAUAUGUGAAGUCGACAUCAGGCAGUAUGGACCAUGCACGCUCGAGAACCACUACAGCUACCACAAGAGCGCACCGUGCAUAUUCCUGAAGCUGAACAAGAUCUACGGAUGGGAGCCGGUGUUUUACGACGAUCCUAGUGCGCUGCCUUCUGAUAUGCCGACCGACCUAAAGGAAUACAUUAAGGACAAGGGUGUCAAGCAACAGCACACGUUGAGCACCGUUUGGGUAUCAUGCGAGGGUGAAAGUGAAGACGAUAGAAACAACAUUGGACCUAUUCAAUACUAUCCGCGUCGCGGAUUCCCGGGAUACUACUAUCCGUACGAGAACAUCGAUGGCUACCUGAGUCCGCUUGUUGCUAUACAUUUUGAGCGACCAGCUCGUGGAACUGGCAUUAAUGUAGAGUGCAAAGCGUGGGCACGCAACAUCAAGCACGACAGAUACGACCGGUUUGGAUUGGUUCGAUUUGAGCUUAAGAUCGAGCCAUAAGUUCAAUUCGUCGGUCGAUGGGUAGCUCGUGAGUUAAUAUGUGCUGGGAUUGUCGUCACGGCCAGUGGUAGCGGUAGUAACAAGGCUAGGAGUAGAACAUUUUAUAAGAAUGUGAUCAGUUCCAUCUGCUAUGUAAGAGCUGAUCGAAAAUUGAAUUCUCAAAAUACAGCACCAAAGGCAACAUCCACCAUUCA